AUGUUUGCAGUGCAUACUGGGAAAUUGUAUGGAGAAUGUAUUUCUAAUAGUGCUGGUAUAUUCGUUUUUAAAAAGUGAAUUGUGAACGAAAGUAAACAGCUAGAUUAGAGAACUGUGAGUUUUUCGAGUAAGUUACUUGUAGCAGAAGCAAGAAAUUAGUUAAAGAGUUCUUAAAUAACAAAUAUGGAGUGAUACACUGAAGAGGAACAUCUUUCUGGUCGCGGCUGUCCUCUCCGGGUUGGCACAGGAUGAGAUGGCUUGGAAAUUACUCACUCAAACACACCGAAUGAAGGAUUUGCGGCCAAGUUAGCAUCGACGCGACACUUGCCGCCCAUCGCGCCGCAAACACUUAAGUGAGACCCAUUGUCCAGAUCUCCUCUGCCUUGAACACCCCGAAUCGCUGACUUCUAAAGCCGAUCCGAACGAGUUUGUCUUCGGAGAAUUUUCCACGCGGAAAAUUAAAGUGUUCAAGCUUGAAGAGCGCAAACAGAAACUUCGAUCGUCUUUGCAUUUAUCCAUCGCUAAAACUGACAGAGACGUUGUAAUAGAAAAAUCUAGUUCGGGUCAGCCACGUGCUCCUUCAGCCGAGACAUCUGUCCAUCUCGCAAUCAAGCAGCGGUUCGAAGUAGCAGAGUACUCAAAUAUGUAAACGAGGCACGCGCGAGGAUAAUUAUUCUGAAACCAUGAGCACCAACAAGGACGACGACGCUUUCUGGUACAGCAGUGAGACGCGGUCGUUCUGUUUCGAAAGUAACGAGGUGGACCAAUUGUUGCGAGGAUCGAAGGCCGGCGCAGAGGAACUCGGAGCAGGAAUCUCUAAUGUGUCAAUUUCGGAAAGCAAUUUCAGGUCUAGCGAUGACCUCCAAACAGCAAAACCUCUGCUCUCCAUUAUAUCAGACAAAACGCUUUCCUGCAGUAUGUUUAAAAAUUAUUUAUCUGCCAUUUCUUGUUGUAACAAGGAUUUCAGCAUAGAAGCUUGUCAAACAUAUGAUUUUGCAGUUUUAGCCGCAGACAAGUUGCAGAACGUACGUCCAGAAAUAGAUGUGGCCCCGCCAGAGAUUACCUUGAGGAAGAUAUUGCUAGGCCAGCCAUACUCAUUAGUAGAGUACAAGUCUAUUGCCAGCAAAACUGCCCUAUUAGACGCUGCCAUUUCAGGUGGAGAUGGGAACGCUAUUUUGAUAGUGAUUUUAUUUCUUACAAAGACUCUAAAACGAUCACUGGUACAAAGGUUGUUGACGGAGAGACCGGACGCAGUAAACAUAUACUUACAUUACCUCUUUAUAAGACUGCAAACGAAUGAAAUAACUGACAUCUUGACAAUGCUGGGUCAUGCCUCAGUCGCUGCUAUGAAGAAUCUUCAUAUUAUCAUAAGGAACACGAGAGAUCCGACCAAGCUGCUGCAAAAGCUGCACAACUGUUACAAAGUACACUUUGCCAUGCUUCCUGAUUGUAAGGAAGCUAUUUUUCUGAAAUCUUACAUCAAGCUGUUAGAGUGGCAAAUGGCGAUCAAACAGAUAAAUGACAAUGAAGAGCUCCCAUUCAACUCUUCACUUCUGAAAUCUCUGCAUUACGCAUGCAAAUAUCAUGGUAAUGCGCGAGACAAUUCCAUAAUGUCACCCGCAAUGCUCUCUCGGGACCAUCACGUCUCUCCCAAGCAACAUGAAAAAGUUUCCCUGCAAGUCAAAGCUGCCUGCAGCGAGUGGGACGGUGUCGAUCGUUUACUCUUAACGAAGGGAAUACUUGGUAAUACAAAACUGCAAACGCAUUUACACAUAGAAGAUAUAUUGAAAAUAUUGUACAAAAACAACGCAUCGCAUGCCGUUCUCGAAAAGUAUCUGAAAUUUGUUGACAAUUUAGAGAAGCGACUAGAAUUGGCAAAGAAACUAUCGUGCCAUACAGUAGUAAUCGAUAUAUUUGUACAACAAGGGGACCGCACGAUGCUGAUGGAUUACAAAGCGAAGUUGCAGCCUCAGUCGGGAGAAUAUUUUUAUGCUGAAAGUGCUUUACGUUUACCACAUGUCAAGUGGAAAACGUAGAUCCGUCUUGCUAUUAUAAUUAUGUAGAAUAAUAGGUAUUUUAAUUAUGUAUAAUUAUAUUUUAUCUUACGUUAUAUAAGAUAUAAUAUAUUUCGACUACAAAGGUAUGUUUUAUAAUAUAAAAUAAAAUUUGAUAUCAUAUUACUACAUGAAAAUAUAUAAAUAUUGUUCAAAAUUGCCGAAUUUAACUACAUCUCUCUUAUUUGUUUUCUUUUAUAAUAUUUACACAAAUUUCCAAGUGAGAGAAUUUAACAAGAAAUUUUAUUUGUAAACUUAUAAUAUAAUAAUUAUUAAAAAUAGCAUAUAAUAUAAAAAAUGCGGCAUA